GGAGGCUACAUCCGACUCGGUCACAGGGAAAAUGGAUUCAGUUUGCAUCUCUCUCUCCUUUCAACUGCGUCUCCGGGUCUCAGCAUGGUCUUCCAGGACAGCGGCGAAGGAGGCCUUACCGAGGACCACCACGCAGUAGAUGCUGAAACAUCGCGCUCCGGGAUAAGAAGCAGUAACAUGGCAGCACCCGUGUGAAAGGAAUUAAAGAUCCACAGACUACACUUAGAAAGGAACAAUGUCCAAGAAAGGGCGAAAUAAGGGCGAGAAGCCCGAGGCGCUCAUUGUCGCCCUUCAAGCUGCCAAUGAAGACCUCAGGACCAAGCUCACGGACAUCCAGAUAGAGCUGCAUCAGGAGAAGUCCAAGGUAUCCAAGCUUGAAAGAGAGAAGACUCAAGAAGCAAAGAGGAUUCGUGAGUUGGAACAGCGCAAGCACACGGUCCUGGUGACCGAGCUCAAAGCCAAGCUCCAUGAGGAGAAGAUGAAGGAGCUGCAGGCCGUGAGGGAGAACCUCAUCAAGCAGCACGAACAAGAAAUGUCAAGGACAGUCAAGCUGCGCGAUGGGGAGAUCCAGAGGCUCAAGUCGGCUCUGUGUGCCCUGCGAGACGGCAGCAGUGACAAAGUAAGGACAGCGCUCACCAUCGAGGCCCGGGAGGAGGCCCGGAAACUGUUCGAUGCGGAGCGCAUUAAGCUCCUGCAGGAAAUUGCGGACCUGAAAACCGCCAAGAAGCAGGUGGAUGAGGCUUUAAGCAAUAUGAUCCAAGCGGACAAAAUCAAAGCCGGGGACCUGAGGAGUGAACAUCAGUCCCACCAGGAAGCCAUCUCCAAGAUCAAGUGGGAGUCCGAGCGGGAUAUUCGGAGGCUGAUGGAUGAAAUCAAGGCCAAGGACAGGAUCAUCUUUUCCCUGGAAAAGGAACUGGAGACUCAAACAGGCUAUGUACAGAAACUCCAGCUGCAGAAGGAGGCUUUGGAUGAACAGCUCUUCCUGGUCAAGGAGGCUGAGUGUAACAUGAGCAGUCCGAAACGAGAGAUCCCAGGGAGGGCGGGCGACGGCUCCGAGCACUGCAGCAGUCCCGAUUUGCGGAGAAAUCAAAAGAGAAUAGCUGAAUUGAAUGCCACUAUAAGAAAAUUAGAAGACAGGAAUACCUUACUUGGAGAUGAACGAAAUGAAUUGUUAAAACGCGUGCGGGAAACCGAAAAACAAUGCAAACCUCUCCUGGAAAGGAACAAGUGCCUCGCCAAGAGAAACGAUGAGCUGAUGUUGUCUCUGCAGCGCAUGGAGGAGAAACUGAAAGCUGUUACCAAGGAAAAUUCCGAAAUGAGAGAAAAAAUAACAACCCAUCCACCCUUGAAGAAGUUGAAAUCUCUGAAUGAUCUCGAUCAAGCCAAUGAAGAACAAGAGACAGAGUUUCUCAAACUUCAGGUCAUUGAGCAACAGAACAUUAUUGAUGAGCUCACCAGGGACCGAGAGAAGCUCAUCCGCAGGAGAAAGCACAGAAGAAGCUCCAAGCCAAUCAAGAGGCCGGUUUUGGAUCCAUUUAUUGGCUAUGAUGAGGACUCUAUGGACUCCGAGACAUCAUCCAUGGCCUCAUUCAGAACAGACCGAACACCAGCUACUCCCGACGAUGACCUGGAUGAAAGUUUAGCAGCUGAAGAAUCUGAGCUGCGAUUUCGACAACUAACAAAGGAAUACCAGGCGCUCCAAAGAGCAUACGCCCUCCUGCAGGAGCAGACGGGAGGCAUCAUCGACGCUGAGAGAGAGGCCAAGGCUCAAGAACAGCUCCAAGCAGAGGUGCUAAGGUAUAAAGCCAAAAUUGAGGACCUGGAAGCGACCCUGGCUCAGAAAGGGCAGAUAGAAAAACAGGAGGCAGAGAAUCACCGGUUACAACAGGAACUGCAAGAUGCCAGAGACCAGAAUGAGCUGCUGGAGUUUCGAAACCUAGAGCUAGAAGAAAGAGAGAGACGGUCCCCUCCAUUUAAUCUACAGAUUCACCCAUUCUCAGAUGGUGUGAGUGCUCUCCAGAUCUACUGUAUGAAAGAAGGUGUCAAGGAUGUGAACAUCCCUGAUCUCAUAAAGCAGCUUGAUAUCUUAGGUGACAAUGGGAAUUUGAGAAAUGAAGAACAAGUGGCCAUAAUUCAGGCCAGUACUGUGCUGUCGCUGGCAGAGAAGUGGAUUCAGCAAAUUGAAGGAGCAGAGGCUGCCCUGCACCAGAAAAUGAUGGAAUUGGAAAGUGACAUGGAACAAUUCUGCAAAAUCAAAGGCUAUCUGGAGGAAGAACUAGACUACAGGAAACAAGCGCUUGACCAAGCAUAUAUGAGAAUCCAGGAACUAGAAGCUACUUUGUACAAUGCUCUGCAGCAAGAAACGGUUAUCAAGUUUGGUGAAUUAUUAAGUGAAAAGCAGCAAGAGGAGCUGAGGACGGCCGUGGAAAAGCUGCGGCGGCAGAUGCUGAGGAAGAGCCGAGAGUAUGACUGUCAGAUCCUGCAGGAGAGGAUGGAGCUCCUGCAGCAAGCACACCAGAGAAUCCGUGACUUAGAGGACAAAACAGACAUCCAGAAAAGACAGAUAAAGGACUUAGAAGAAAAGUUUCUGUUUCUAUUCUUGUUCUUCUCUCUUGCCUUUAUUCUAUGGCCUUGAUGUCAAGGUGCCUCUUAAAGAGUAACCGAAAACACGGAUAAGACCCCAGACAGACAAAUGCUUCUAAACCUUCAAAGAUGGCAGAAAUGUUUACAGCAGUGAGAGGGAGAUCAAAAGCUAAGAACUACCCUGUAGCCAGGACUACAACUGUGUGUUUUAAAGCCAUUAUUCAAGGUUUCUUACUUGACAGUUCCUACAUCACCCUGGUGAAAAUCUACAAUAUAUGCUGCAUUUAAUGAAACAUGUAUAUGUCAAACCAGAAGAAAAGAACUAUAAACAUAUAUUGUGUAAAGAAAAGAAAAAAGAAAAAAUCAGCAAUGGAAACAGUUUCAGCAGAUCACACAAGAUGUGUCUUGGGAACGGAACCAAAGUUACAAAGAAACAUCCUACCCCUGCUGUGCAGGGGGGUCAUUUUAAUGUAACACCACACCCCAUGGAAACACUAGUCCUGAAAUAAACAUCAUUUUAAAAAAAUCAAAACGAACCAGAAAAACACAAGGGUGGGUGGGAAUGAAGCCUGAGGAAUACCUAUGAGGAGCUCUUUACAAUAAAAUGUUUCAUUUGAAAAGUCUGGUUUCUUACUACAGGGAUUUGCUUUUCUGUCUUUAUUAUUGUUUAAAACUCAGGAACAGAGACAUCUGCCGUGUGAAUGGGAAGAAAAGCACCUCCCCGGUUUGUGUUUCUGCCAAAGGUGGAGCGGGUGGAGUGCAUGCCACAGAUGACAGAUGAGCCGUGGAGCACAGUGACCCCCGACCGCUCUGGCAACCAAGGCGAAGGACCCAGGCAAAUGGAACAUGAGAAAUCAAAGCAGAUCUGAUGCUUCUUGGACCUCCCGUCCCAUCUGUCCUGCUCCACGAAGCAGAGCCUGAUCUCGUUCGUACUGAAAAUUAAGAAGAUGAUGCUCUCCAUCACACGCUCCCUGACUUAGUUCUGUGUAUAACACCAACAUCUACAGAGAGCAUCUCUGAAUCUUUCAGUUUCCAAAAUACUGGUUUUCAAACGGCUGCUGAAAAUUGCCUGCAAAUAAAUGUCCUAUGGUUUAAGUAAAAACACCAGAGAGGCGAUAAGUAAACUUCUACCAACUGUUGAGUUUGCCACAGGGAUGUCAAUAUUAAACUAAAUGAUGAUUAUUUUUUUAAAAGGUCCUGAUACACCUCAAGGACUUGGAUCUCUUGGUAUUUAAACUGAUAACAUUGUUUUGUUUUUCCCCAGAGAGCUAACAACGACAAGAUAGCUCUACUUUUUUUUUUUAUAUAGAAAACAUUAUGUUACCGAUAAGGUUGUUUUCUACCAGAGACAAUGAAAAGACUGAUACUUUUCCUAAGUUAUGUAAUACCGAGUCUUGGAUCCACGUUUGAGAGCAAAUAAAUGUUCCUGAAAAGCUAAUUUUACACCUCAUUUAUUGUAGAUAACAAAAGAGCCUCAAUUUUUCAAAUUGUCAAGAUUUUAUUUACAGGGCUAGGAUUCCCAUACAUAGAGAAUGUGUGUAGGGAGCAGAAACUCUUUCGAUGAAAUGCUACCCAAGUCCUCCCAUACGUGGGUUCGGUAUUUUAUUCUUCAGUUUUAGCACUGGCAUUUUCGAAGCCAGCACAGUAACUGAAAAAUGGACAAGAAACACUCGAAUGCUGGGAUCCACUUUUUGUUUUUAUAUUGACUGCUGACACAGGUAUCUUUGGCCCAGUCACUUAACCUCUCUGUGCCUCAGUUUCCUCAUCUGCAAAAUGAGGUUAAAAUGCUUUUUCAUAAAGUUUCUUUUUUGCAAUUCUGGAACAAGAGGUGCUUCAAGUAGCACAAAGUGCUUUGUAAUUAUUCUGAUUGCUAUAUUAUUGGACUUCCUUGUGUUGUUGAGAAAAAGAGUCCCCUGUGUGAUAAAAUAGUGCUUCAGUUUGGUUGGAUCUUAACCACUGCAGCACUGAAGGUUUCCCAUCAAAACUAUCUGGGGCAUUACUAGCAAUAAAGAUUGAGCAAUCCAGAGCCAGGAUCUCUAAUAACCUAUAAAUAGAUUGUCUCAUGCUAUUGAACAAGCUAGAAGAGUAUCUCAUUUCAAUAAUAAGGACCUCCUCGCUCUCCCCGUUGCUUAUGCAUGCCAUGACACAAAAUUCCACUUUUCACAGGAGAGCCAACCACAAAAUGAAGGCUUGGAGUGAACUGAUAGCAUCACAUAAUCUGAUCACCCCUUUCAUUUGGGGGGAAGGUC